UGCACUUUUGCCUCAGUGUAGCUUUAUCUCUGAACCCGAGAUGACUAUAAUACGACUGCAGAUCGUAUUAACACUACUUCUUGCGCUGUUGUCCCGCUGCUUUUUGGUGGCGCUGUCGCUGCCCACAAGGUCGCCACAGUCCCUGGACAUACUUCGUGCCAGGGAUGCAUGUUCUGCCAGCGGUAAACUUGAUUCAGAUCAACGACGAGCUUUGGAUAGACAGGAAUAUGAGAACACGUUGUGGGUACGUCGAUACAUUUACUGCUUCUGGACACAGCUGCAGCUGUGGGAUGACUCGGGCUUCAAUACCAAUCGCAUUCUUCACACUUACGGCGGAAGGCAGCGUUUGAAUGAGGAGCAAGCUCUGCCAGCGAUAAAUGGCUGCAAUGCGCGUGCUCGUAGAGAUUCUAAAAAUGCACUCAGUUGGUGCUACAAUGCAUUUAUCUGCAUACUACGAACUCCUGUGGGGGAUUGGUAUCGUCGCUACAUGCUGGACGUAAUCAAUGGAAAUGCCUAGCAAAAAAAAUUUUCUACGGCUAUUUAAACCAGU